AUGGGAUCAUCUAUGGGAUCCCCGACUACGCGAGCUCUGUUCUCAGGAUCGACCCGACCUCAGAGACGGCAACCACCCACGGGGAGCUCGGAGACGGGGCCUCGAAGUGGUCCCGCGGCCUGCUCGGCAGGAACGGGGCGAUCUACGCCCUGCCGCACACCUCCAGCUCGGUCCUCAAGAUGGAUCGACCCUCGGACGGACUCGGUGACCACCCUGGGCGACUUCGGCGCCGCGCCCGGCAAGUGGGAGUGCGGCGUGCUGGCCGCCAGCGGCGCCAUCUAUGCCGUGCCUGCCUCUGCGGGCGCGGUCCUCAAGAUCGGCGCUGGAGCUGCCCCGCCCGGCGGCGCGGACGCCACGACCCUCCUGGGCAGCUUCGGCGAGGGCGGCCUGAAGUGGCGGAGCUGCGCCGCAGCGGCCAGCGGCAUCAUUUAUGGCAUCCCUUUCUCUGCCGGUGCUGUGCUCAAGAUCAACCCGUUCACGGACGAGGUCACGGUCCUGGGCCGCAUGCUGCGGGUGGACCCUACGACAGGUGAGGAGUCGCCUUUUCCGACCCUGGAGGGCGGUCGGGAGAAGUGGCUGUACGCCGUCCCCAGCCGGGGCACUAUCGUGGGCGUGCCCUACUCCGCGGGCUCCGCGCUUGUCAUAGAGCCCCUGACCGAUACGGUCAGGGUCGUGGGCGACCUGGGGAACGGCGCUGCAAAGUGGGCCAGCGCCACCAUCUCGAGCAGCCGCGCCGUCUAUGCCCUCCCCGCCUCCGCAGGCUCGGUGCUUCGGAUCGAUGCCGGCGCGCGGAACGCCUCCACGCUCGGGAGCUUCCUCGGCUCACUCCGGAAGUGGAGCGCAGGCGUGCUGGGGAAGGACGGAUCGAUUUACGGAAUCCCUUGCACCGCCGGGGACGUGCUGAAGGUCACCCCCAGCUCGGACGCCGUCACGGAGCUGGGCAGCCUGGACGACGGGGGCCCCGGGGGCUGGCGGCUGGUGGUCGAGUGCAGGAGUUUCCGCUGCAGCGGCGGCUUCCUCCUCAGGCGUGACGCUGGCUCGCGGGUUUGCCACGAGCGCCCGUGCGAGGACGCGUGCUGCCUGCCAGCGCACACGUACGAGUGCCCGCCAGGCUACGCGAGCAGGGAUCAGCGCGACGCCGUCGCUUGCAUGGGGGCCUCUUUGGCGGAGGCCGACCUGGACCUCUGCUGCGCCUUGGACCUGGGGCACCCCUCGCUGCUGUUGCCCCUGGCGGCCUUUGCGCUCAGCGGCCUGCUGUGUGCCAUCCGGCAGCUGAUCAGGUGCCGGGCAGAACGUCUGAGCUUCGAGAGCGCGUUCAAGGUGUCCUAUUUUACACUGAUGUUCGCCUGGGACGUCUGCGACCAGAUCGCCUCGUGGUGGUUCUGGCAGUACACCACCGUGGUCGGCGCAGGCAGAGCCAUCCAGGACGCUUCCCUGGCGUCGGCGCUGCUCGGGACCGUGGUGGUCGGGGCCGCCUUCCUCGGGGGUCUCUGUCUGCCGACGGAGUACCUGAUCGAGUACAGGCUGCCUGACUUUCUCUACUCGCUCGGCGCGGGCUGCGCGGACGUGAUCAUGCUGAUAGUGGUGUUCCUCUUUGAGGCGGAGGGCUACAACGCCGGCAGCUGGAUCAAGGUCCUCAACCUGGUCGCGACCAUCUUCGACCUGGUCCUGAAGCUGCUCCAGGCAGGCUGGGCCCUGUGGGGAGAGCGCAGGCCCCCGGGCGAGGAGGCCUGGUGGCAGCGCUCCUCGUCAUCCGCGGAGCAGGGCGCCGACGGCGGCGAGUCGCCCUCCGCCUCGGAGGGCGAGGCGGCUGCCGGCGUGCCUGGCCUCGGCCUCGGCCUCGGCCUGGGCUUUGGCCUCGGCCCCGCGUCCGCGCGGAGCCGCGCCGCCGCAGGUGCGGCGAGUGGCCUGCGGGCCGAGGCGCCCGACGAGCUCCCGUCGCACUCGGUGCUUGGCCCUCCGCCGCGCUGGCGGAAGGGCGCCGGCGCCAGCUGCGCGACGGCGGCCAGCCCUGGCGCCCUCUGUCCGACGCAGUGA